AUGAAUAGCAAAGUUGUCUAUAUCGUAUCCGCAGUGUCAAUCAUGACGACGGCCUUGGCCGCUAGUUUACCUGGAAGUAAUGUUUGCACUCAGGGCCCUUCAUAUUGGUGCGCAUCGGAAGCAAAUGCAGCUGAAUGUAACUUUGAAAAUCCUGAAGCGAAUUGCUUGAAGUAUUGCGAGGAUAUUAACAACAGUCCAUAUUGUACCGACGACAUCCUUGAACUACAGCCGGAAGAGUCUCCACUCAUUGGGGCAGAUCCAUGUACUUGGGGACCCAGCUACUGGUGUACCAGUGAAGAGAACGCAAGUGAGUGUGGUUUUAAUAAUCCCGAGUCGGAGUGCCAGAAAUAUUGCGCCGACCUGGACGAUUCUCCCUUCUGUCCACCAAUGGAUGGAUCUGAUCCAUGUACUUGGGGACCUAACUACUGGUGUGCCAGUGCAGAUAAUGCCGAGGAGUGUAAGCUGGAAAAUCCCGAAACUGAAUGUCAAAAGUACUGUGACGAUCUGGUAGACUCCCCUUUCUGUUCGGCACCAAUAGGGUCUGACUCGUGCACACAGGGACCCAGCUACUGGUGUGCAACCGAUGCGAAGGCCGAAGAGUGUCAGCUUGAGAACCCUGACAUAGAGUGUCAAAAGUACUGUGGCGAUCUGGAGGAUUCGCCUUACUGCGAUGCACCACUGGUAGGUACCGACUUUUGUACGCAGGGACCCAGCUACUGGUGUGCAAGCGAAGCGAAUGCUGAAGAGUGUCAGUUUGAGAACCCUGAGACCGAGUGUCACAAGUACUGUACUGAUCUUAAUGAUUCUCCAUUCUGUCAGAAGUAA